CAAAUUUUUCUCACGUAGACAGCAGACUGACAUUUUGUGUUGUCAGCUGAUAUUUGGAUGCGUUCGAUAAUAAUUAUAUUCAACUUAAAAUGAAUGUGAUUUCAUCUCAAAACACGAUCAAUUUGUAUUAUGUAUUAAAGCUCUUGGCCUUCUUAAAUGUUUUGCAAGAAAUAAAUGUUGUCCCUACUCAGUACUCUGCAUAGCACCAGUCUGGAACAAGUUAAUAGUUUUCUUAGACAUUACCCCCCUAUCGUCAUAAAACGUCUAUUAAACGUAGCAGAUUUCCUAUGUUAAAUGACGAAAUAAUUAAGAACAAGCAUAUUGACAAACAGAACAAACAUUGCAAAUGUCGAACAAACAGCUUCAAACAAGCUUAGAAAUUAUGAAUCUAAUGGACAUUAAACUAUCUUUUUUUUCAAUGUCCUUGACAAAUCAUUAGUUGGUACUACUUGAUACACUAUUGCUGACCAUGAGACCUUGAACAACUCAUGUUCAUGUAUUGUUUUGUUACUAACAACAGGCAGCCAGAACUACAGAAAAGAAUACUUUCUGUAACCAUAACAACAGCUAGUACAAAUAAACGUCAUAAGUGUUGAAUAGGAGUUGAUUUUAUUUAAUUAAAUACAUUUCCAUUAAAUUAGUAGAGAACUUAUUACUUUAUUAGAGAUACAAACUAUAAGCACAAAUGGAAAAUUCAGACGGUAACGCAUGGGUGUUUGAUUCCCUUGUAGGAUUUCUACACGGUCCCGUGUGGAAUGUACCUCUGCAGACUUUUAUUGAAGAAAAGUCUUUACCUUUUGAGCCGACUGACAAUGGCGAAGUCCUCGAUAGACCAGAGUAUAAGAAGAUACAUACUGAGUACCGUAAUUUGGUGGACGUGAUGUUAGGCUCGUUCAUGGAUGAUAUCGGCAUCACAGCAGAUCAAUUCGAAGCGGCGUGCAAGCUGUCAGCGCGAGACCUAGCCGGGCUACCGGCACAUUUCCAUCGCCGCCUGUUUGAACAAAUAUGGGCCGCCAACGACUACGAAAUGUUCGUCAAGAUGAUGACUCACAAGAACGUGGAAUUGCAGCUACAGGCAAGUUUUAAAGCUCUAGAAUUAAUAGAAAGGAGAUAUGGAGCUAUGCCCCAUUUGUUUUCUGUCGAACCAGAUGACUCAUUGUUAGACUCAUCAAGAAGUGAUGAAAGUGAGGACUGGCCGGAUAAUGAUGAUGUCAUGACUGAAAUAAAAAAACUACAAUUGGAAGAUUUAGAAAGUAAAGACGAGGUCGUCAGCGUCCCGCCCGAGGAAGUGGUAGCUGAGAAGCAAACUCUGUUAUCUAAACUCCACAGCUUCGAAAAAAAGGAAGAAAAUGUUGAGAAAAAAGUUCAUAUAGUGGUCCCAGAAAAAAAGAUUCAGGUUAUGGAACCACCGAAAUCACCUCCCAAAAAAGUAGAGGUGAGCGAGGAAGAGAUGAGAGCUCGUCAAGAAUAUUUGAAACAACAGCGCGAUAAAUUAUUGGCAUUAAAAAAGCAAGUCCGUGAGCGACGACUCGGGGCAGCAGAUGGCGCAGAAACAGGAGGUGGUGAAGGAUCUCAUAGCAGCGUUGCUAGACCUCGGUCGGCUCGCGUGGCUCAAGCAGCACUAGCAGGUGUAGCUCCACCGCCGCCUCCAGACGCCAUGCAGCUGCGAAGGGCACUCGCCUCUAAGUUAAAGACAGAAGUGGUCGAUAUUUCUAAUUAAUUUUAUUUCACCAUAGUCCUCAAUUUGUUCAAAAAUCUCUAAGCUUAUAUUUAUUCAUGAAUUAAAAUUAAAAAAUAUUUUGUCCCGAA